AUGGGCCACUGGGCUUUUGCUCUACGCGAGAUUUGCAACACGUUGUGUUAUGCUCUCAGUAUAUAUAUAUACCUAUAUGUCCGCUGCUGCUCCUGCAGUGUUGUGCUGACCGUCCUCGGGGGUCUUCUCCUCGCUGGUGCUGCCCUCGACAUCGGUAUCAACUACUCCGAUCAGCAGCAGCUUCGAAAAGGUCCUUGGCGGUUCCUGCUAGCCUUCUCAGCCUACACCAACAUCAAGAAAAUAUUUGCCAUUAAUAAUAAGAAAAAUCCUGAAGUAAUUUCCUGCCUACAUGGAAUCAGAGUGAUGUCCAUGACCUGGGUGGUGUGGGCCCAUUGCUAUGCAUUUUUCUUCCUAUACUCCCGUAACAUACUUGGAAUGCAGGCGGUGACAGAUGACGUGAUCGACGAGACGGUCGACAACGCCAGCUUCAGUGUCGACACUUUCUUCUUCAUCAGCGGCUUCCUGGUGACUUAUGGAGUUCUGAAGGAGUUCAGCAGAGUAGGCAGGAUCAACUGGAUCAUGUACUACGUUCACCGCGUCAUCAGGUUAGCGCCACCCAUAGCCUUGACUGGUGCCGUGAUGGCCACGCUGGCAAGGUUCCUGGUGUUCGGGCCCCUUGCCAUGCACAUUGAGCGGACCGUCGUGGAGAUCUGUCAGCAGUACUGGUGGGCAGACUUCCUCUUUGCCACCAACUUUAUGAAUCAUAUGUGUCUGGCGCAGUGCUGGUACACGGCUGCCGAUACACAGAUCUACAUUGUGCUUCCACUGGUGCUCGCGCCUCUUCUUUACAAGCGCAAGAUUGGACUUCCACUGCUGGGGUUGGUCACUGCGGUAUCCUUCGCCAUCCCAACGACACUGUCGGCUGUCUAUAAUGUACCUCCUGCAUUAAACUUUAUAGACCCGGUUGAGGAUCCGAUUCGUCGCGUGGACACCUACAUGACCCCGUGGUGUCGAGCCAACUCUUACCUGGUGGGUGUGUGGGCUGGCUGGCUCAUCUACACUGUGCGAGGCCGCACCAUCAAACUCAAGCUGUGGCAGACGGUGUUGGGGUGGGCUGCGGCGACGACGGUGGCCUCGCUGGUGCUGUACGGGAUGGCCAGGUACGACACCUGGGGGGACGACCAGGUGCCCCUCCCUCGCGCCCCCAGCAUCAUCUACGCGGGCUUCAGCCGGGGCGCCUGGUGCCUCGCCCUCCUCUGGCUCGUCUUUGCUUGUCAUACUGGAAAUGGAGGUCUGAUCAACUCGUUCCUGUCUCACCCGUCCUGGCAGCCUCUGAGCCGUCUGACCUACACACUCUACCUCACCGCUGUGCCUCUUCAGUACUUGUUUCCCGGCCAGGUCUACCUGCCUCUCUACAUCAACCAUCUCAAUAUGAUUGUUUAUGCGUGCGGCUUCCUGUUUAUUGGAGGAAUACUGGCGGUGUUGCUGUCUGUUAUGACGGAGGGACCCGUUAUAGGCCUGGAGAAGCUCCUCCUGCACCGCCCAGGACGAGGAUUGAGUGAUGUACCAGACGAGACUAAGAUUACCAGAAAAUGAAGUGCCACGUUCCUCUCUACAUCAUGUGGACCAGUGUCACGUUCCUCUACAUCAUGUGGACCAGUGUCACGUUCCUCUCUACAUCAUGUGGACCAGUGUCACGUUCCUCUCUACAUCAUGUGGACCAGUGUCACGUUCCUCUCUACAUCAUAUGGACCAGUGUCACGUUCCUCUCUACAUCAUGUGGACCAGUGUCACGUUCCUCUCUACAUCAUGUGGACCAGUGUCACGUUCCUCUCUACAUCAUGUGGAUCAGUGCCACGUUCCUCUUUACUGACCCGAAAAAAUUGUCACUUGUAAGCAAUAGUUUACCACUUGUGAACCUUGUAAACACUGCUCUUUGUCAGGUUUAUGAACACCAUCACCCACGACAAAAUCACUCUUAAAUUUCUCAUGUGAAAUGUGAGAAAUUGUACAACAUUGAUGUACUGUGCCUGCAGGAACCAUACAUUGCAAGCACAAAAAAUAAAACGCCACUUAAACUCCCAGGUUAUGUAGCAUUCUCAAAUGUUGGUUCCCAUGAUGUCGGUAUCUUGACGUAUGUUAAAAGUAACCUAGUGUGUAAACAUGUUAACCCACAAAAGUGACGACUCAUAUUACCAGCAGUUUCAGAUUGCUACAGCGACCGGCUUUAUUAAUUUAGUUAAUAUAUAUGUAAAGUGCGAUCAUAUGGUGGAAGUUUCUCUUCCAACAAUCACCAGCAGCUCUCAAACCAUUGUCAUGGAUGAUUUUAAUGCUAGACACACUAGCCUGGGUGACACUAAAACAAAUAGAAAUGAUAAAGUUUUUGUGAAAUACUUAAGAGACAAUAACAUGUCCGUGUUCAACUUUGACUCCUCUAACGUCACACACCUCAGGGGUGGCAGGCUUGAUUAUGUCAUUGGUCACGGCCUCAUGGAUAAUGCUGUCGGAGGAUCAAUUGUUCAGGAAUUAGUUAGUGAUCACUUUGCCAUAUUCAGUUUAUACACAUCAAUAAUGUCAAAUUAUUAAGUCUUGAAAAAAUCAAUAU